UGUGCGGCUGAUGGGGAUUCUGCCGGCUACGGCCUCCACCCUGGCUGGGGAGGGUGCUUGUGCAGGCCCGACCCCGGCCCAGCGGCAGAAGGAAUCAAAGAGCGGCAGGAGCUCGUCCAAAGCCACAGGGACCCUCCCGCGUGCAAGCAGCGCUUAACUGUGCUACGUGCAUGUUGUCCAAGCCUCGCACGACGCCCCAUGUCACGGGUCGGGAGUAAGACUGGCACACAGCCCAGCCAGGCGGGGCCCCAGGACCCUCACUGCCCUGUCCUCCCCAGGGUGACCCGGUGCAGCCACCAUGUGUGACAACGAGGCCACUCCAGACCCCAGACCCAGCUUGGAGGAGCCCAACCGACAGAAUGCUGUACAGCGCGUGGUGGCCUUGCCCCUGGUCCGGGCCACCUGUGCCACUGUCUCCAAUGCUUACAAUGCCACCAAGGACAGGCACCCGCUGCUGGGCUCUGCGUGCCGCCUGGCAGAGCACUGUGUGUACAGCCUGACCACCUGUGCCCUGGGCCAUGCCCAGCCGCUGCUGGACCAUCUGCAGCCCCAGUUGGCCACAGUGAACGAUCUUGCCUGCAGGGGCCUGGACAAGCUGGAAGAAAAGCUACCCUUUCUCCAGCAGCCCUCGGACACGGUCGUGACCUCGGCCAAGGACGCAGUGGCCAGCGGGGUCACAGGUGUGGUGGACCUGGCCCAGCGGGGCCGGCGCUGGAGUGUGGAGCUAAAGCGCUCUGUGACCCACGCCGUGGACGUCGUGCUGGGCAAGUCGGAGGAGCUGGUGGACCACUUCCUGCCCAUGACGGAGGAGGAGCUUGCGGCCCUGGCAGCAGAGGCUGAGGGCCCAGAAGUGGGCUCGAUGGAGGAUCAGAGAAGACAGCAAGGCUACUUUGUACGCCUGGGCUCCCUGUCCACGAGGAUCCGCCACCUGGCCUAUGAGCACUCCCUGGGGAAACUGAGGCAGAACAAACACCGUGCCCAGGAUACGUUGGCCCAGCUGCAGGAGACGCUGGAGCUGAUCCACCGCAUACAAAGUGGGUUGAGCCCGAUCCCCGCGUCCCAGUCGGGGAAGGUGCACGAGCUGUGGGAGGAUUGGAACCAGAGACCCUUGGAAAACGCGGAGCGGGAGACGCUGGUGCUGUCGCGCAGGCUGACCCUGGAGCUGCAGAGCUCGGCGGAGGCGCUGGAGGCCGACACGCACCAACUGGUCCGGCUGUGGUUUCUCCAGCUGGUCAGUAACGGGAAACAGAGGCGGGACAAGGGCCCUCCUGUCCUCUGA